AUGGUUCAUCGAGCACCCAAUACGUUGACGGUGAUUGACAAGAAGAAGCACGGCAAGAAAAGACGAGUCAUUAGCCAGGCCUUCUCGGAUAACACACUCAAAUCAUACGAGGGUGUAAUCCUUGAGCAAGUUCAACAUUUGUGUAACGCGUUGCGAAAGGGCAGUGAUAGUCAACCAGUUUCAGUUGGCUCAUUUUCGCCCGUGAAGGAUCUUGGCCACCUGAGCGAUUAUUUCACCUUUGAUGUGAUGAGCAAUGUGAUCUUCGGAGUUCCUUGGAGUUCUCAGCGAGAUCCGAGAUAUCGAUUUGUUCCAGAUGUUAUUGAGAAAUCUAACGUGCGCGUCGGCGCAUUGUCCCAGGCGCCCGAGCUAGCCAUUCUGAGACUUGAUAAGUACUUAUUUCCAGAGGCAAUCAAAGCCCGGGAUAAGUUCAUUCAUUUUGUUGAAGAAAUGCUUCGCCAGGGAAUUCAAGCAGCAACAAAGUCGGGAAAAGGGGCUUUCGCAACAUUGAGCAAAGCGAUCGACCCCGAGACUGGCCUGCCUCUUCGGAUGAAGGAACUAGCAGGAGAAAGUGCCACUCUCAUCGUUGCUGGCACUGAUACGACCUCAACAGCCUUGGCUGCUUGCUUCUUCUAUUUGACACACCACCCCGAUGCACUUACACGGGCCAUGGCCGAAGUCCGCAGCGUAUUCAACGCUCCGGAUGAGAUUGUUAUGGGCACGAAAAUGCAUCAAUGUGUGUUCCUGCGUGCUUGUAUCGAGGAGAGUAUGCGUCUAUCUCCCUCAGCAGCGAGUGCUUUGUGGCGAGAGGUGACCGAUAAUGGCGCUGAGGUGGACGGUGAAUAUCUUCCACCCGGAGUAGACGUGGGUACCUGCAUUUACAGUAUUCAUCACAAUCCCGUCUACUAUCCUAGGCCUUUCACAUUUUGCCCUGAGAGAUGGAUUCCCAAGGAAGCCCAGCUCAUCCAGAGCGACGUUGAGCUGGCCCGGUCAGCCUUUAAUCCUUUUUCUAUUGGACCCCGGAGCUGCAUUGGCAAAGGGCUGGCGUAUGUGGAACUGCAUCUAGUACUAUCUCAUGUUCUCUGGGCAUUUGAUGUACGCCGCGCACCAGGGGAGUUGGGUCAGGUUGGCGAGGGCAAAGAAAAUGGUCCUAUUGGGCGACAAAGGGUCAAUGAGUUCCAGCUGUUCGAUCAUCUAACAGCUGCCAAGAUAGGACCAUUCCUGCAGUUCAAACCCCGUGUAUAG